UUGUCUGGCCAUUUAGGUGUAAAUAAAACUUAUCAUAGAGUUUUAUGUCAUUUUUAUUGGCCACGUUUGAAAAAAGAUGUUGCUCAUUUCAUAAAAACCUGUCACACUUGCCAGUUAACUGGAAAACCUAAUCAGAGCAUAAAACCUGCUCCUCUCUUUCCAAUACCUGCAAUUGGGAAGCCUUUUGAACAUUUAAUCAUAGACUGUGUUGGUCCACUGAGUCCUUCUAAGUCAGGUUCUGUGUACUUGUUGACAGUUAUGUGUAAAUGCACUCGUUAUCCUGCAGCAUAUCCUUUGAGAUCCAUCACAACAAAGUCAGUAGUCAAGGCUUUGUCUCAUUUUAUCUCAGUGUUUGGAAUCCCAAAGACCAUUCAGACAGACAGAGGUACCAAUUUUACCUCACGCAUGUUUGCUGAGAUUUUGAAGCAACUUGGUGUAGCUCAUCAACAAAGCAGUGCUUAUCAUGCUCAAAGCCAGGGAGCUUUGGAACGUUUUCAUCAGAGCCUGAAAGCGUUGCUGCGAGCAUACUGUACAGAGUUGAGUAGAGACUGGGAAGAAGGUCUGCCUUGGCUUCUUAUGGCAGCUCGUGAAGUUACACAAGAGAGCACAGGGUUCAGUCCUAAUGAACUAGUGUUUGGACAUCAAGUACGUGGUCCACUUGCUGUUUUAAAAACUAACUUGGAGAGUUCUGAUCCACCUUUGAACUUAUUUGACUAUGUUAAUGGUUUUCGUCGCAGACUUUUCUUGGCUGGAAAACUAGCUUCUGAGAAUCUGAAAAAGGCUCAGAGAAAAAUGAAAAAAUGGUUUGAUCAGAAGGCUGAAACAAGAGUGUUUCACCCAGGAGAUAAAGUUCUUGCUUUACUUCCUGUUCAAGGUUCUUCAUUUCAGGCAAAGUUUUAUGGUCCAUAUUCUGUGUUGAGACAAGUGUCUGCACAAGAUUAUGUGGUUUCUACCCCAGACCGGAAAAAACUUACUCAGCUUUGUCAUGUAAAUUUACUGAAGCCUUAUUUCAGUCGAAGUUUGGACGAGAAAAUGGAGGUAAAGGCCGUUGCCUCUUCUGUGAAAGUGGA